AAUCUAUUGGUUCGCUCCCUUUUUGUUGACAAUUUCCGGCACGGUCGGGCGGAAAUACAAUCUGGGAGAAUUCCUGACGGAUUGUGAUCUUCGCACCGGAAGCGGAAACAAGCGGCUCCGGGAGUCUGUGGAACUUUCAGCCGAGAGCGAUGGGCGCCCGGGACGACGAGUAUGAUUAUCUGUUCAAGGUUGUGCUGAUUGGCGAUUCAGGUGUUGGAAAAAGUAACCUCCUAUCACGCUUCACACGCAAUGAGUUCAACCUGGAAAGUAAGAGCACAAUUGGAGUGGAAUUUGCAACAAGAAGUAUCCAGGUAGAUGGGAAAACAGUCAAGGCCCAAAUCUGGGAUACAGCUGGACAGGAGCGAUACAGAGCCAUCACCUCUGCAUACUAUCGAGGGGCAGUUGGUGCUCUGUUGGUAUAUGAUAUUGCCAAACACCUUACCUAUGAGAACGUGGAAAGGUGGUUAAAGGAGCUGAGAGAUCACGCCGACAAUAAUAUCGUCAUCAUGCUUGUAGGGAACAAGAGUGAUCUCCGUCACCUCCGAGCUGUCCCAACAGAUGAGGCAAAAGCUUUUGCAGAAAAAAAUGGCUUGUCCUUUAUUGAAACUUCUGCUUUAGACUCUACAAAUGUAGAAACUGCAUUCCAGACUAUCCUCACAGAAAUUUAUCGUAUUGUGUCUCAGAAGCAAAUGUCAGACAGACGUGAAAAUGACAUGUCACCGAGUAACAAUGUGGUCCCUAUUCACAUGCCUCCAACUACUGAGAAUAAACCAAAGAUGCAGUGUUGUCAAAACAUCUGAGAUGCAAGUUGCUAUCCAUUCCAAGCCUCCAUCUACAUUGUACCUGUGUAGUGCUUAUGGUCUUUCAUUUUGCAACUCAAUUUGAUUUAAAUGUGGCAAUUAUAUUAAACAUGUAACUGUCUUUACUAACAUGUUGGAAUUGUUUAUAUCAGCUAUGUGCAUUUUUAUAUUAUAUAUACUUGCAGGUAGUGUAAAAUGGUUUUAAUGCCACUUUGCAAAUCUUAUCAUGUUAUAAGACAAGGGACACAACACCAACAUGCCUUUUUAUGGUAGGUGCUUUGAGAUGGAAAUGCUUGUUUUUGAAUCUGGGAUGCUCAUGAAGUGUGAACAACACAGAUGGCAUUUCUUGAGUCAACUCAUCACUAAUUUGCCUCUUUCUUCUUUUUCCUAGUACUGUUUGUUUUGUAAAUUGUAUUUUGUGCAUGUAGUAUGAUCUUGCCAAUUUUUAGGUUAUGGUUUAAAAUGUUGUGUACUUGAAUCUAUAUUAAAAUGAAAUGGAAGGGAAUUGGCUUGGAUUACUUCAAUAUAAGAUGACAAUUCAGACCUAGAACCAUAACUGGAAUCAGGUUCUGCAGGAAGGGUACUUUUUUUUUCUUGAACACUGAGGAAGGGGAAGCACUCACCAGAGACUUUGUUUUGCAGUAUCAGCUGAUUAGGGAUGCUCAACACAGCCAGUUGUCUGCUAAAUGAAAAGCAGCAGGUGACCUCCACAGGGCUAAGUACUGAAUCAUUCAACUGUGACCCUGCCACAUUCAGUUUUUCAAAUUGGUGGACUGGACAUUCUCCAAGAAGAGGCUAUAUGAACAUAGUACUUCCCCUGAAUGGACAACACCACCAUUAGCACAGUUGCAUAAAGUUUAAAAAGGCAGAAAUUGUGAAAGUAAUGUUACAUCACACAAUAUGACAGCAAACAUACUAUAAAUCAGUUCUAAAAGGUGUUACUGGAGGCCAGUAGCUCCUGCCCAUUGGAGCUACGGGGGUGGGGGGGGAGGAGAAGAGGGGAGAGAAAUGUUUGUUCUACAUAUACAAUCUGGUUGAAGUGAAAUAUUAUAGAGCAGCUGGUUUAAUGCUACUGUUCUGGCCCCCAGGUCAGUGUUUUUAAAAACAACCAAAUUUAAAUUGAAGUGUGCAAAAUCCUUAAUGGACACACAUCUUAAGCUGAGGUUUGCUGAAUUUUAAAACUGUUAAUCCUGUUGAGCAUCAAAAUCACACUGAACAAAAAUUAAGCUUGCAAUGUUGGUUUAAGUUACAGUUCACCAUUUUUAAUCAAAUUUUACAACCCCCCCCCCCCCCACCAAAUGCUGAACCAUCCACUCAUUCCUGAAGUGGAGUGCUACUUGUGGAAACUCCAGCUGUUCUGUUUUAAAUUUGGGUAUCAUGAUAACAAUGGAGGCUGGAAGCAUCAGAAGCUGUACCUUUUUUUGCAUGAUCCUCCACUUUCCUGCUGCCUUACCCAUCCUUUAGUUUAUUCUAGCUGAGUCUUCUGGCUCAGAUGACUACCCUGUCUGCAACCCCAGUGUUUCUCUUGUUUUGGAAUUUUAAUUGCUGUUUUUAUUUCAUAGAAUCCCCAUACUAUGGAAACAGGCCCUUUUUGGCGCCACAAGUCCAGUGAUCCUCAGCAUCCCACCCAGACCCAUCCCCCUAUAACCCACCUAAGUUACACACCUCCUAACACUGGGCAAUUUAGCAUGGCCAACUCACCUAGCCUGCACAUCUUUGCGUGGGUUUCCUCCCACAGUCCAGACAUGGGGGAAAAAUAUGCAGAAUUCUUACACAGCUGGUUGAGGGUGGAAUCAAACCUAGGUCCCUGGUGCUGUGAGGCAGCAGUGCUAACCACUGAGCUGCCAUUUUAAUGAGGAUCCUCUUACAGGGUAAAGUGACUUGGCCCACUGACUUCUUGCUACUGACCAUAUGCAGGCAGUUUUUUGCAAAUUUUAAAAACUCUCAUUAAUGCCUAAAAGGUAAUAAAUAUUAAGCUGCACAAAUCAACUAUUCAUCUUUUUCAUUCCUAGAUCCAUCACAGGACAUUAAGAAUUUGUUGUCUUUACAUAACAUUGUGACUUUGCAGUGGUGCACAAAGCAAGGUUACAAAUUAAUUGUAUGAACUGAUUUUUGCUUCUGUUUGGUGCUUGCUCUGUCAUAGACAGAUUCUGUCAAUUACAUUAUGACAAGAUCUGUAAAUCAGUAAGUGAAAACCUCUUACCAUUGUUUUUUUUCCCCACUAGGGAGCUAACACUUUUAAUAAACAAGUUAUUGAAUGACAUUUAUCUUCUGGCAGAAUUCCUGUGUUAAUCACCAACUUCACCUGAAGUUAUUGAUUUUUCCUCUUGAUUCCACUUGCCAAUUUUAUUAAAGCUGAACAAUAGUAUUCAUCCUUGUUUGUUUCUUUACCCUCUUUAAUAUUGCUGAUGCUGCCUUAUACCUGUAUCUUUGCAGUUCAUCCUCCAGAAAAUACCUUUUUGCCUCUAAUUGAUAACUGGCCCUAGCCUGAAAGUCAAUGGGUAAAGCAAAACGCAUUGCAUUUGCAGGUGAGUCAUACAAAAUAACAUGCAUCGCAUAUCCAACAUUACCACAUUUUCCAUUUUAAUGGUGACGUGUGUCAUUAGUGCUUAAAAAGACCAAGCUAGCAAUUGAUAACAAAGUGUGGAGCUGGAUGAACACAGCAGGCCAAGCAGCAUCUCAGGAGCACAAAAGCUGACAUUUUGGGCCUAGACCCUUCAUCAGCAAGCAGUUGACUUGUUUUAACAAGGCCAUAUAUGCCAAAAUAAAUAGCGUUAUCGUAAGGAUGCCCUCUAAGCUUAGCUCUCUUGGGUUUUGUUCCUUCAAGAUAUAUUUGUACCCAAAAUAUGCGAAAGAUAUGACAAAGCCCAUAUACUUAACUAUAUUUCACUUCACACCAGUAGGAAUCUCCUUUUAAUGACAGACUAAGUGUACAUUCAUCAUUAAUUGAAACUGUUUAAAUAAGCUCUGUCUAGCCAAAAGUUUUGCCUUUGAUUUCCAAUACUGUUUACUAGUCAGUUUAUGCAGUAGGUUUGCAUAGUUCCACCUGCUAUAAGAUUGAUCUUCUUGGUGACUUCAAAGGGCCAAGCCAUUUGUGUACUGAGCAAUCUAGCUGUGGAAGAAGCACAUUAAGGAAAUCCUGCAUGAUAACAACCCACAUCAGAUCAUUUCUUGCUGUAUACUGUUCAAACUUAUGAACAGACCUAAGGUCCUUUGGUCUCAUGUGCUUUUUGCCUGUGGUUACUCUGGAAAAGUAUGUUUGCCUAAAGAUUUCAGUGAUGGGUGAAGCUAGCUGUUGCAGGCUGUUACUAUGCAAUAACUACACAUGUAGUAUUCAUCAUUACGAGGAUGCUGCAAUCAAGCCAAUAAGGCAUUUGCCAAUCAACACAAUUGAGUAAUGUUAUAUGGUGUUCAUGGCUUGUGAUGUCAAGUAUGAAUGAAUGCCAUGAGACCAGACCUUUUAAGGUUGUUGAUUGUAAAUAUCCAACUUUAGCCUGUGCUUGCAGUAUUGUAGAUACAGUAGCUAAUAUUUAGAUGUGAAUGUGUGAUUGGAUCAACAUUUACUAAAUAAUCCUGUAUGCUCAAUUAAACUGACAAAUUUGAGACUGCCAGUUAGGCUUGCACUAUGGCACAGAAGCUAUAUAUUAAAUACAUGACUGUGUUUUAACAUGUCUGUAUUCAGUGCCUCUUCUUAAAGACAGCUGUUCAAGUUGUCUCUGGUUAAUCCCUCAUGCUAUAAUCUCUCAUGGUAACAUCUUGACUAACCUAAAUAAAAUUUUAAAUUGA